AUGUAUCAUAGCUCGAAUCUUAUAAGUGAAAAUGUGUUAAAUCAAGAUUUAGAAAAUGUUUUAGAGUGGACCGAAUUCUGGCAGUUACCCUUGAAUUUAAAAAAAUGUGUAGCAAUAUUUUUCGGCAAAGUUCCUACACGCCCCCAGCUAUUAUUGAACGGAAAUGUGAUUCAGUAUGUCGAUCGACAUAAACAUCUGGGCUUGCACUUAACACCUAAGCUAGACUGGUCUUUACAUGUAUACGAGGUCACAAAAAAGUGUAAAUAUACAUUAUACCUAAUGCGCUGUUUCAAAAAUAUUUUAAGUACGACUACACUCGACCAGAUCUACAAAUCGUAUAUUUUGCCAGUGAUAAGUUAUGCAGAUGUAAUUUAUGCAUGUGCGAAAGAAAUUCAAACUGCAAAUACUCCUUUGUCUACUGUAUUAGCUUACUUAAAACCAAUUGCAAGGCUACAGUACGAUGCUGCACUGACUGUUAGUGAUGCUAUGCGUCUCAGUUCACGAGAUAAAGCCCUUAACAUACUAAGAUGGCUAUCACUUGAACAUCCCUUUGCAAUGCAUAAAAUAUUACUAUUAUUCAAAAUAUUUAGAGGCCUUACUCCACAUUUUCUAGUUGAUAGAAUACCCACGUUAGGAGCAACAACAACUAUGACUCUGCGAUCUGCUUCUAACAAUCGUAUAAACACAUACCGUACUUAUAAAGUUAAGUUUGACACAACAUUUUUUCCAUGGACAAUUAAGCAGUGGAAUGCACUACCUACUGCUCUCAGUGCAACAUUUCUUUUUGGACUGUCAAAAUAA